AUGGUCUUCAGUCCAUUUCAUUCGUUGCGUUUCGCUCCGUUCGCCGAAUGCUCGCGGAUAGCCGUUGGCCCUGAAGAGUUCUUGGAGGAGCUUCAUUUUUUCCAGUUUGGCGGCUGGCGUGCCGCAAUGAGUCUCCACCCAUUGGUAUGGCGUGCGUACACAGCUUCUUUUGUGUUGCAAUGGGAUUUUGCUGACGUAACUGAGCAUUUGCAACGUGUUCGUCCGUCUUCUGUAGACUGACGUCUCCAGUUUACGGCCUGGUCUUCAGUUCGGUGUUCAGUCGAAGGCCGUGGCGAUUCCACACAGAAACUUGCAGCCGACCGAAGGCCUAACCGGCUUUGGAGAUCCGACGGACAACCUCGUUGUCGACGUCUGUACUUUGUGAGAGUGUGAUUCCUAGGUAGGCGAAGAUGUCCACGGCAUUGAGUUGGCCGCCCGUGAUAUUUAUUCAUGGAGUGCUGUAUUCCAUGUUGGGUGAGGGUUGGUGUUUGAUCACCGUUUUGUCCGUGUUGAUGGUCUGUCCGAAAUUAGUACACCCGGCCACGAAGAGUUCCGUACUCCUUUACAUGUCUUCUUCAGUCGUGAUGCUGAGCGUGCAGUCAUCGUCAAGAGCGGGUCGUGAACCGUGGCCGUUGAUAGCCGCGUGGGGUCAUGUAGGCGUCUGUUGUUAAGAUGUCCGCCAGCUCUGUAUGCGCUGCGUAUCCCAGGGCGCCCAUCGCGAUAUGCAUCCAUCUGCAUAGCAAAGGACAGAAGGCUAAAAAGGGCGGCAGCGAGUGCGCAGUCCUGCUUCACUCCUGUAGCUAGCGAGCGGCGAAGAUCAUGUUGCUGGUUUCACGAUGACGACAGUAGCCACACUGGUUUUUCGACAGGAGACCCUGCUCCAGAUGACUGUUGAGACGGUUGAGAAGAAUGAGGGCGAACGUUUCCCUGACGAUGUUGGACAGGGCGAUGCCUCUGUCGCUGUCGCAGAUUUAACAGUUCUCUUUCCACUUAUAGAGAUGGGCGAUUAUGGCGUCCUUUAAGUCCUGCGGGAAUUGCCAUUGACGCCACAGCUCCUGGAAGAGCGCAGUCAGAAGACACAUGAGUUGAGGGCCUCGGUUUUUGUAGAUCUCAGCAGGGAUCGCGUUCGAUCGGGGCGCUUUCCCGCUGGAGAGCUGCUGCACGGCCCUGAUGCUUUCAUGGAGAGAUGGCUAGAGGUCGAGAUCGGAGUUGGUCUCCACCUGAAGCAGACGGGCAAUGGCGGCGUCGGAGAUGACGGAGGGGCAGUUGAGGAUGCUUCUGAAUUGUCCGGACCAUCGUAGCAAAAUUUGUGUCAUCUAAGUAAUUAGGGUACUGCCGUCGGCGAUGAGAAGAGGAGCAGUAGUUUUGGCUGUGGGACUGUAGACAGCCUUGAUGGCGGCGAAAACGUUCUCUCAUUCCUGGCUGUCGGCGUAUCCUUAGCUCUCCUCGGCACAGCGAAUUGUCUAGGCUCCCUGCAUCUCUCCCAGUCGCUGUUGAACAAGGUGUCGACUACGGUCGAAGGCUGCUUUUUUGCCGUCGGGGAGGCUACUGACGUAGGCUUUCUGCAGACUGUUCUUCUCGACGAACAGGCUGCUGAUGACGGCGUCGUUGUCAUCGAAGCAGUUGUGAUGUUUGCGACGUGUGCGAACGAGGACAGCAAGAGCCGUCCCUCAGUUGAUACCACUGGUUAUCCACGGAGACGUUCUCCUCAGUGGCGGCAGCGUCAACUGCGGCUAGAGGGCUGGCUAUCCGUUCAGCUAGCUCGUUGCUGA